AUGUGGUUUAAAGUUGCUUUCUCUCUACUUGCGCUACCAGGCUUUGGCAUUGCAGCUGAUAUGGCCAUAAUCUCGAAGCAUAUUGGAGCCGUGCAGGUUUAUGCCUACGGCACAAACAUUUCUGGGCUACCUGUAUAUGCUGGACAAGACGGAAUGGCUUAUAUAUCUGAGUCGUCAGAAAAUCUCACCACAAUUGACUUGAACAUUGACUCUACCGGCAAGCUGCCAUGGAACGUGACAGGCAAUUUCAGCACCACGAUAGAUCGAGAAUUCUACAUAGUCACCACUAGCGGAGCUUACGAACAAGCCGGCUUUGUUGAAGCCAAUUCGAGCCUUCCCUCUGGGGCUGUAAAGACUGGCUUCAUGACGUAUGGAGCCUACAUCGUGUACCUGGACACCAACAAAAUCUUGUCCGAGUUCUGGGCCCAGGCCAUAAAUACUGCUGGUACUUGGGCACUCAAGUGGAACGAAGAUGGCUCUUCCCAAACAAACAGCGUACCUGUCUCGUUGAAGACUAUGGCACCUACUCGUCCCAACCAUUCUUGA